UUUCCUCUGCCUGGGUCUGUUAGUGCCGCGUUAACAUCUCCGUCAAGCCAUUGCUGGUGACGGCGGAGCAAGAGGAGCCCCCAAGCCGCCUUGUGACGCCGCCCAUGGAACAGUCAGCUAACAUGGCGGGUGUUCUGACCUUCCAGUACCGCCUUGACUCCUGGAUCGGGCCGUCCAACUUGACUCUCAGCCUGGAGAUGGUGAACGCCGAAGACCCGACGGAGGGCGUGCGUGCCUGGGCGUUGUGGCGGCAGAGUGGACACAAAGGGCGCGAGUGGCUGACGGAGAACGUGGUGGUCCCGCCCAUACCCGGGGUGACCAAGUACAAGCUUGCUUUCCUGCUGAGCGACCACCACAACCACCACCACCUGUACCAGCACUACGACUCCCAGCAGGUGCACCUCUCUCAACUCUCCUUCAGGACCGUGCAACCCCGCGCUCUUAAUCCUCUAGGCGCCGAGAUGUUGAAUUGUGAGUUUGCGGACUCCCUUUGUGGAUGGUCGCAGCCCGGUGUGCAGCACGGAUACUCCUGGGUGUACGCCCGCGCCUCGCCUCACGCCCGCCGCACAGGCCCCAUCACAGGUUAUCCUGGAGGCGGCGACUCCGGCUUUGUCUUCGCUGACUCGCUGUAUGGGACUGAGUGCAGUACGGCAGACCUGCUGAGCCCGCCUCUCUUGCUGCCCCCCGGCCCCGAGGCCUCCGUGUGCUUCAGGUUCGCGCUGUUCCUGUAUGGGUCGCAGGUGUCCCAGGUGUCGGUGCUCGUCCUCCAGCACCUGCCGAGCAGCAUCCAUACAAACACAGCUGUAACAAGGCUGCCGUGGGGCGCGGCCUGAGCUGGGUCCCGGGCAGCGUCACCGUGCGGGCGGAGCAUGUGGUGGACGUGGGUGUGCCCUUCGUGUUGUCGGUGAGGGCUCGGCGCGGGGAGGGCCCUGAGGGAGACAUCGCCCUGGACCACCUGAGCGUGCUGGCCGGUCCAUGCCACCUCCACCCGUCUCUGCAGCCCAACUUGACCCUCCACGCCACCCUCACCCAGCCUGACGCCCUAGCCCUCACCGCAGGGCCAAGGCCUCACGCCCCUGACAGCCCUCGAUCCGCCGGAUGAUACUGCCUCCCCCCACCCCUCUGAGGACACCUGCACCGCCCACACCACAUGCACCACCUGUGUGGGCGGGCCACGCGUGGGCGUGCAUACCUGCAACUGGUGUGACCUGACCCAGAGGUGUGUUGGCAGCCGCUCUCCUGCCGCCGCCUCCUGUCCAGUCCACCUGGCUGUGUCCCAACAACACCUCGGUGAGUCCUCCUCCCUGCAGCGCGGCAUCUGGUUGAUUUUGCUGCACAGUUGGCCUGAACACCUUGCAUCCUUUGUCUUGUCCUCGUCCCUUCCCAGCUCUUAUCUGUCCCCCUCUAGUUCCUUUC